CAGCUUGUCACAUGGUACAAGGCUGUUGUGAAUAGCCUUGUACCAUGUGACCUCUGUGAUCAUUCACAGAUUUCACAAGUAAUAGGCAAUGAUGUUAGAAGUGACAACUUGCUUACUACUCUUCAUGUGAUCACUGAUUGGCCAACCAGUGAUCACAUGAUAACAAUGUAAACAACCUGUCAUGAAUAGCUUUCUGUUCAUGAACAGCUUGCUUACUGGUGUGGUCUGUAAUUGGCCCACAGAAAUAACAUUGUACCUGGCUACCUGUACCAUGUGAUUAGCUGUAGGCAAUCACAGAUCAC